AUGGUCAUGACUAUUUCAAAUCCUCAUAAUAGAAGAAGAAACGCUAUGAAAUCUCAGCAAACCCCUCGUUUAAAGCAAGAGAGUUGUAACGAAGAUCAACAUUCGAGUGAUGAUGAUGGACUAGUCGUCUUGUACUCUCGAAGACAACCAUCACCUACAACUGCCUCCGUCACUCACCAUCAUUCCACAAAGGAGAAUUCACUAAAUUCUCCUCAUUAUGUGACACCAACAUUCAAAGUUGACGACCCAACAAUGACGGUGAUACUUCACAAAAUGAUCGCCAAUGAAAAGAGAAUGGCGAGGACAUUGGGUAUCAAAUCAGCUUCGGAAUUUUGCUUUGGCACAAGAGGUCAUAACCCGCAACACACCAAGAUUAAUUCAAUAUCUUCCAUAGCACAACACCAUUAUCGAACAUUUCCUCUUCAUUCACAUCCUUCUUCUAGGUCACUCUCCCAAGGUGUGAAAGGAUUCAUGGAAUUUCCUCGUUCUUCACAUGCACCUCAGCAAAGAUCCCUCAGCGGUAUCUACGGAAGAAUUGUGAAAAAGUGUCCUGUUCUUGAUUCUCAUCUUUCAAAAAUUGCAGAACCAAUUCAUACCUCAAACCCAAGUAAUUCUCCUACUACAACUACUAGUACUACCACCACAAGUCCCACAACUUCCACAACUCAUUCCUCACCACGAUUAUCCACCACAACUUCUUCAACCCUUCCAACGAAUACCGCAUCUUCUCCAACAACUACCCCUAAUACUUUCACAGCUGCACCAAGUAGAACUGGCCAAUCAUCCGUUGACAAUAACUGUACGAAUCAGUACCAACAAACUCCAACCACUCGUCUCUCCUCUUCACAAAGAUGCUCUUUCGACUCUAAAAUUAACAUGCUUUUUUCUUCCAUAGAUGAAGACAUUAAUGAAGAGCAAGAAUCGUCAUCCUUUAAGCAGCCUUACUCGAAACCAGUCACAUCGAUCAUCUUUGAAGAAAUUGACACUGAUUCGAAUCCAAAGAAACGAAAACAAGAUUGCGAUGAAACCGCACCCACAAAUCCCAGUUUACCACCCUUCUCCACCAAUCAACCCAAAUUCAAGAAACAAAAAUCCAUUGAUGAAAUUACCGCUGAAAAUAUGUAUGAAAGUUUGUUGAAUCAAUGUCGAAAGAAUUACAUACCUCAAUUAGAGUCCAUGAAUGCUCUUGCAUCCGAGGUGAUUGAGUCUCCUAAUGAACAAGAAGAACCAUCGUGUGAAGUGGUACCCAUUCUCUCUCGUCAUCAACUCGAUCGUGUUGUCGGCGAGAAAUUAUGUGCCAUUGCAGGACCCAUGACUCCACAAGAUAAGUCCAUUAUUAAGUUUAUUGAAAGCAAUCCAAUCAAUGAUUUUUUAUUGGAAUUGUUGGAAAAUAAAAAGUUUAAUGGGUUUUAA